CAAUGUUCACCACUACCGGCUCGAGAGGACUCUAUAAAGCUCCCCUGUCAAAGUGCUUACUGGUGGUACCCACUGCUCUAACUGUGCUGCUGCUGCUCGCUGUGCCACAUUACCAGAAACUGUUCAUCUACAGCCUGCAGACCAUCAGACAGCACAAUCAGUUCUGGAGGCUGGUGAGCGGGAGGCUGAUUUGUCUGGAUGUAAAGGACACCUUCUGCAGCAGUCUGCUCAUUUACAACUUCCGCAUCUUUGAGAGGAGGUUCGGAAGUCACAAAUUUGCGUCUUUUCUGUUUGGAACCUGGAUUCUUUCUGGAUUUCUGGACUUCUUGUUGGUCGAGGCUCUCCACUUCAUCUUUGAGCUGCAGGUGGACGUGCUACCAGCCGGACUGUUGGGUCCAGUCUUUGCUCUUUUCGUGCCUUUCUACUGUUCAAUACCUCAAGUACAGGUCACUCAGCUUUUGGGCUACUUUUCUAUCAGCAACAAAACUCUCGUCUAUAUCGUGGGCCUACAGUUGCUGACUUCUAGCGCCUACAUGUGGGUUGUUGCUCUUAGCGGCUUGGUAUCGGGUGUGCUGUACUACAGUAACGUCAUGGCGCUGCAGCGGUUCCUGUGCGUCCCUCAGUGGCUGGCACGCUGCAGCUCUCGACUCCUGGAGCCAGUGUUUUCGGGUGCCGAGCCGAGUUCAGAAGCUUCUCUGGGCAUGGGCGCCACGCUGGACAUCCAGCGGCAACAGCGAAUGGACAUGCUGGAUCAACAACUGCUGCUGUCACAGCUUGCCCAGCUGAGGAGAAAUGCCCAGCAGCCACCGCCACUCCAGGGCGGACUGCUUAACCGACUGUUCCCAGGGUUGAGACACAGAGGUCCAAUUCGACGUCACACCCAACCACAUACAGCGGAUGCUCCAGUGGCUGAGGAACAGAUUGCGAGACUGAUGGAGAUGGGUUUCUCUCGAGUGGACGCUCAGGAGGCGUUACGAGUCUCCAACAAUGACAUCAACAUGGCCACCAACUUUCUGCUCCAGCACUGAGGCUGAGCGUGAGCAGGCAGAAGGAGAAAAAAAGGAAGUGCAGCUGUAACCGCUAGAAAACGUGAAGAGGCAGAACGUUCUAACACCACUAUGCAAGAAGAGGAAGUGUUCUAAAGAGCCAAGGACGGCACACAAACUGCGCUCUGAUUGGAUAGUGUUGGAUGCUGCUGAUUUCUGCGGUACUUCUAUCAAAAAAUGUGGAGAAGGACUCAUCAUGAUCUCAGGGCUUCUGUUCUCUAACCUCGUCGUCCUUGAUGUUCUUCGGUUCUGCACAUUCUAAUCAAGCUCUCGUUGGUGAUUUGUAAUUGUCUAAAGACUUUUGGGUGUGGAUGUUCUGUUGAGACUAACAUGGCAUUUGAAGAAUUUUUAUCCAUUGAUCAGCCCUGUUAGAGCCUGUGAACCUGUGAACCUAUCACAGCAGAGCAUGAGCCAUAAGAUAUAAAACAUUAUUUCACUUUGGUAUAACAUUGUCAUUAUUGCAUGUGAUUGAAUGGUAACGCUAGGGAUGCAUCAAGACUAGGGAUGCAUCAAUACCAUUUUUUCCCAACCGAGUACGAGUACAAGUACAUGUAUUUUUGUACUUUGCCGAUACCGAUACCGAUACCGAUACCAAUACCUAUUUAGAAUACCAUUUUUUUUUAAACAAAAACACACUUGAGAAGUGACGAGAAGUUUAAUGAUACCACGUCCAAAAAUGCACGUCAACAAGUAGCGAGUGAUCAAAGUGUUUGUGCGCUGAUGUGAUGAAAUCAAGGAGGAAAAAUAAAUGAAUCUGAGUGGAUUUGGCAACACGAAUAGCAUGGAUUGUUCUGUAGUGAGUUGGAGAUUAAUAAAUAUUUU